AUGCUCACCAGGCCUGUCUGGGCAGCCAAUUUAUCAGGUCUGCCCGGGUUCUCUAUACGGGUGCGACACGGCCUACGACAAGUUCGUCGGCAGGCCUACACGACGCGGUCUUCGGAUAUCGAAGCAGACCUAGCUGCGCCGAAUGGCAAAUCAUGGUCGCAGCCGCUGGGUCUGUUUAUCGGCAAUGAGUUUAGGAACUCGGCAAAGGGGGGACGGAUCACUACGUUCAAUCCAUAUACAGAGACGGAGAUUUGCCAAGUGGUAGCUGCAACUUCUCAGGAUGUCGACGCAGCCGUCGAGGCGUCUCGUCUCGCCUUGAAGAAACCAUCAUGGAAGUCGUUGUCGGGCACAGAGCGCGGCCACCUAAUGAACAAGUUGGCAGAUUUGGUUGAUCAGCACCGCGAAACUCUUGCGGUUAUCGAGACCCUCGAUAAUGGAAAGCCUUAUUCCGUUUCCCUGGGCUUUGAUGUCCCACACUUCUCCGAGGUCCUGCGCUACUAUGCUGGGUACGCGGACAAGAUUCACGGCAGCGUCAUUGAUGUUGGCCAUGAGAAGAUGGCAUACACUUUAAAGCAACCUAUUGGGGUGUGCGGCCAGAUUAUUCCCUGGAACUAUCCGCUGGCCAUGGCAGCUUGGAAGCUCGGUCCUGCCCUGUGUUGUGGAAACACGGUGGUGCUGAAGCUUGCUGAACAGACGCCCCUGUCCAUGCUCUAUGUCGGCAAAUUGAUCCGUGAGGCCGGAUUUCCUCCCGGUGUGAUUAAUAUUAUCAACGGCCAUGGCGGGCUAGCAGGUGCGGCGCUAGCAUUACACAGAGACGUGGAUAAGAUUGCAUUCACCGGCAGCACUGCCACGGGUAAAGACGUGAUGCGUGAUCCCUUCGAGGCUACAACCUACCAGGGACCACAAGUCAGCGCCACGCAGCGAGAUCGCAUUUUGUCUUAUAUCAGAACUGCUCAGACCGAGAAUGCAAACAUUAUACAUCCAUGCGGGGCUAUUCCGGAACUUCCUAGAACGGGGUUUUUUGUCCCGCCCACUAUUUUUACCGAUGUCAACACUGCCGCGACUAUCUUCAAGGAAGAAAUAUUUGGACCCUGUGCCGCGGUAGCCCGAUUCAAGACUGAGCAGGAGGCACUCGAUAUUGCCAACUCGACACGGUACGGACUUGCUGGGGCUGUGUUCACGCGGGACAUGGCUCGUUCACAUCGUGUGGCGAGGGAACUAGAAGCUGGCAUGGUCUGGGUAAAUAGCAGCAAUGAUUCUGACGUGAGGGUUCCUUUUGGCGGCGUUAAAGAGAGUGGGAUAGGAAGAGAGCUGGGCGAGGAUGGAUUGAGGGGGUAUUAUAGUGUGAAGGCGGUUCAUGUAAACUUGACGGAGAGUUGA